GUAAAAGCGGGACAGGGCGGACCGGUCCUUGCUAAACAGAACACUUUACCAAGAAUAUUUUGCAGGAAGUGGACCCACCUGCUGCCAAAGUGAGCAAGUUACAGUGGACACCCAGAAAUUUGGAUACUACUAUCUACUGCUAGCUUCCUCAAGUAAAAAUUAUGAAAAACAACAGUUUAAGCUUCCUAAAGUUGCAAACUUUAAUUUGUUUAUGCCACUUUUUUUCUCUUGACUCUAUAUGUUUCGGGCUUUAAUUCUGCUUACAUGCAAGUUUUCUCUCUUGACUCUACAUUUUCGGGCUAGUUGUGGUUUUGUCAAUUUACAGAUUCCCAGGAUGGUAGUUUCAGAAUAAGGGAUAUCGAACUCCAGUGUAUAUCAAUAAUGAAAACAAUGAUGUCAUCUUCUAAGCUUCCCCUCUUCCAAGAACUGGAUAAUUACGACGAGUUUUCCAUGCAGCAGGACUUGCUCUUCUCAGAUAGUCUCAAGGAUUUGAAGAAUCUGAGAAAGCAGUUGUACUCAGCUGCUGAAUUUUUUGAAAUUUCUUACUCCAAUGAUGACUCAAAACAGAUAGUGGUUAGCACAUUAAAAGAUUAUGCUAUUAAGGCCCUUGUCAAUACCGUGGACCACCUAGGAUCUGCGACCUACAAAGUUAAUGAUCUUUUGGAUGAGAAAGUUUACGAAGUUUCUGGAACAGAGACAUGUGUAUCUUCCAUCGAACAGAGAUUAAGGACAUGUCAGACACAUCUAGAUCGCGAGGGGCUCUCCGAGCAGUCGUUGAUGAUAAACACCCCCAAAUACCAUAAGCAUUAUAUUCUGUCAGCUGGAGAAACCAGAUAUGGUGCAAACCAACCUAAAACCACGUAUAAAGAGUGUGUUCCAGAAAAUCAAGAUCACUGGCAUGAAAUUAAGAAUGCUGUUCAAGAACCGAUUGUCGAAAAUCAACCAUCUUCAAUAAGAAAAGGGCGACCUCAGUCACUUUCUCCAAGACCUCAGCAACCUGUAAAGGUUCUAUCCACUAAAAACAUGGCCAGAAAGGAUUUAGUUGCACAGAAGCGAACAGUUUCACCACAUCGAUUUCCACUUUCACGUGCGGGAUCUCUCUCUAGCAGGCCUACCACUCCUAAUUCAAGAGCCACAACUCCAACUUCAAGAUCCAGCAAACCAAAUCAAAGUAGAUCUACCACACCAAACUCUAAAAAUGGGUAUCCCUCCGAGCCUCGAAAAUCAGGCUCAAUGCACCUCCAUUCUGAUAGAGGAAGCCGGACAGAGAAUCAUCAAAUCCCCACCAAAGCAAGUCGUCUUCUCAAGGCAUUGCUCAGUAGACGCAAAUCGAAGAAAGAUGACACAUUAUACACCUAUUUAGAUGAAUACUAUUAGAAGUUCUAACAAUUAGAAUGUGGAAACACCAGUGACAUGAGCACAUCAGAGUAUGACACUGCCUGUUUUCACAACUUUUUCCUUUAAUACAUAUCUCCUUUUAUUUCCUUGA